ACCCAACACUCCCCCACAGACUGAGCAUUAAGUUCUACGACUAAGCUCUACAGUUGCUUCUGUUAAUAAUCAACCCGGCUCAUAGGUUAACACGUCAAUAGUUUUUCUAGUACUACGUUUUUUAAGUGAAAAGAAAAUUUAUUAAACAACAACAAAAUGGUCCAAAAACAUCGUUCAGUUUCCAAAGCCACCCUCGCCAAGGAUGUGAGCCCGAUGCGCAACAUGACAAUCAACAAGCAGGCGCUCGCCUCGAGUCCUGCCAACGGCAUGACACAAAGCUUCGGUGGCCGCUUAUGUGUGCCCUCGGCAACGUCGAGCAGCUGCAACAGCGCCGACAAAUGGAAAUACAACAACAUGGUGAACAAUCAACGCGAACAAUUCAACAGUUUGCACUUCUGCUAGACGCCUGGCUUCCUGGUUCUUCGACAAUGGGUGACCAAAAUUUGAGUUCGAAGAAAUUUUUCGAAAUUUUACUCGCUAAAGCAGCAAGAUCGGCGGCGUCGCACAUAUUUAGGCACAUUCACACAUAUAAAAUAUCAUCAAAGUUGUUUCUUAGCAUUCAAAUAAAUUAUAUAUUUUAUAGUUAAACAUUAGAAA